AUGAGCUUUGCUCUUACAUGGGCGAAACCAGUGAAGCCAGGCUCAGUUUAUACAUCCAGGGGCCGCGCUAUUUGUGGCGUUGUUGCCCUCGAACGUGACGGCAGAGUCUGGAUGGUUGAGUCCAAGAGGGACGGUUACAUCCUACCAAAGGGUGGAUGGGACACAGAAAGAGAUCAUGAUUGGAUAGACUGUGUAGAACGCGAGGCCCGAGAGGAAGCCGGUGUUAUCGUCGAUCGUGCUUCUUGUCAACAUCUUAGUGUCCAAGACGACGUAACCUGGUUUAAGUGCAGGGUAACCGGCCAUGGGCAGCGUACUGACCCCUCGCUUGCCAACCGCGGACCACCACACGCAUUCGACGUCCCAACCGCAUGGCGAUGGCUGCAGCACGGUGACCAGAACAAGAAAAGUGGCAUGCACAAAGCCCUUAGGGCUGCGACUUAAGCUACGGAGGCGUUACCGUAUCCUCUGACUUAACUCGAAAUCUGCACAGACCGCGCGCUAGAC